CCGUUUCUUUACAAGCCAUAGAACUGUCAUCUAGACAAGCUCACAGUUUUCAUUUAAAUCAGAAUUCAACGCACUACCUCAUCUACUAGCCUUUUAUUAUCAGUUUCUGGAAAGUUUCGGGUUUUACCAGCCAAAAGACCUUCAUCGUAGGCAAGCGAUAUCGCAGAUUUCCACUAUCAACUAUUCGUUGUACUUCAAGCUGAGCGGCAAAGGAACUGGUGGUUUCCCCAGCAUUACAAGGAUGAACCAGGACGGCCAUUAUCAAUCUAUCGACUAUGAUGGGGAUUUAUCGAGCGACAUCAGUAGCAGCAGCUCCGUCCUGUUAUCGGAUUCGGACAGCACCACACCACCACGAUGCAGCUCCACUGGGAGUGAAAUACCAUCGCUAAGCGAUGAAGAUGAUGAUCAGUUAACAAGCUCGGUGAGCAGUUUGCAAGAAGACGAAUCGGUCUCAACGGAACCUUUCGUGCGCCAGGAUCAGAUGUCACCGAUAGAAAACUCCUACGCCGAAGUUUUCAGCGAGAGAACCACACUGACUGUAGAGCGGUUGGCGAUGUUGAACGUCGAGGACAACGUCACACCUGGAACGGUCUCGGCUCACUGGUCGGUAACAUCCUGGGUGCGCUCCCAAAUCAAGCCACACAUCACACCAGAAAGUGAUGUUGAAGAGGUUCAAGAGACCGAAGAGACCGACUCGUCAUCGUCCGACGAUUCAUCCGAAGGAGGCGAUGGUCGCAGGGCAACAGUUGAGGACUUUGAAGACUACCUGGAUAGCCUACUCCGGCUGGAGUCCCGAUCCGAGAGCACUCCCAACGAUGUCGAUGAUGUCCUGCUCCUAGCAGCUCCUGAUUCCACACUUCUCCCGAUGGAAGAUAUACAGUACCCCGGUCCAGAGUUCCUAGAAGGGCCACCACUGCCCGCAGUGCUUGAUGAAGGCCGAGCGAUCCUCCAUGGAUCGCUUUUACCGAGUAGUGAUACGGACCAGCACGAUGUGGAACAACAAGAUACGGUGCGCAGUCUACCUAUGCAAGCACCCGGGCGCGAUCGUUCGGAGUCGUGGCGCCCAGUACCUAAUGUGACAUUGCCAGUAACUCAAGGAGGAGAAAUCUUAAACACGACUACACCGCGGACAGUGUCACCUAGGGCACAAGUCUCGCCAUUUUUCGUGGCCCAAGGGUUGCAUACCUCCACCCGUCUACUCCGAUCGAACUUAGGGCGUACAAUCUCACCGACAGCCCUCGGAAGACAGCCAGGGACAGCUCCAUCAGAGACCGAAGACACGGAAUGGGGACUGGAGGAUUUUCGGGAAUUUCCCGGUGCAGAGGAGGCUCUGAGUGAGGACCUCUGGGUCGUAGCUCCUCCAGCAUGGCAAGUCGACACGCCUGACCGCCGCCUACCCCCGACCCUAGUCCAGUUUGUUCUCCAGCAUGAACGUACCAGAGUCCGCUUUUUAAGACGCGAAUGGGGUCACCGGUUCCGAAUCACCAUCUCGGGGCAGCGAGCCGUCACUAUUUCCAAGUGCUACGAAAAAGAAUAGGGGUGGGAGAAAGCAAAAAACAAGCGCCCAACACAUUUAUCGUCUACAUCCUCUCAUUAGCCCAGGUGGCCAACAAAAAAUAUAUAAUAUAGGAAUGGACCUAAAAUCGGACCAGUUGCAGC